UCAUUGGAAGUUUUCACUUUUGGAUUUUUUGGAAGAAAUCGAAAUAAAUGCAAUAAUUGUUUGAGUUUACAAAGAAAGAAAUUAUAAAUUAAGUUGUCUAAUGUCUUUAUUUAUUAAAAAGUCGUGCUUUUAAAUCGGGAAUUUGUGUUUCAGACUUUCAGUUGUAGCCUGCAGGUUAGAUAAUUUGUGACGGUUUCUUUCGUCAUCUUUGUUUAUGUCUUGAUGCUCGUAAAACCUAAUUAUUUUAACAUAAAAUGCGGUGGGGUGAAUCGGAAACUGCUAAAUUCGUGAAAAUUUAUGCUAAACACGAAAACCUCUGGAAUCCACAGUCCUUACAUCAUAAAGUAAGAGAAGAAAGAUUAAAAUCAUACAGGCAAAUGAUAUCUGAAUUCAAAGUUGCUACAGGUGUAACCCUGACACUAAGUGAGCUGACCAGCAAAAUUAAAGUAUUAAGAUGUACCUACGUGUUAGAAAUGGGAAAAAUAGCAAAGCGAGCCCGCAGUGGAUCAACAUAUAGAACAAGAAUAAAAUGGUUCAGUGACAUGCAUGAAUGUCUCCGAAAUAUUGUUAAACCCAAGAAUGUUGAUAUCACACUUAUUAAUUCACUGUCAUCUGAAGAUCUGAUUCAAGGAGAGUGGGACACUGAUAGAAUUAAUAUGGAAUCAGACUCCAAUGAUGGUCAGAAGGUGUGGGUGCCGAAUAUGUCUGGAAAUGAAGGUGACAACGAGUCGGACUUCGUACCGCAGAGUCAGUUCUUCACCGACAUGGAUUUAGACAAAGUUCAAGUAAAGACAGAGAAAGAUCGUACCUUUAAAACGCGACACAAAAAGAUAAAACGGCACACUCCGAGCUCAGAUCAAUCAUUCAUAGAUAGCAUUAUUCCGAAUACCGCUUUAGGUGUAGAAGAUGAAUUCGAUAUCUACGGCAAAUAUAUAGCGUCACAACUACGGUCUUUGGAUUUAAAAAAUGCUUUGCGAAUCAAAUUACAGAUACAAGGACUGGUGAGUGAGGCAAGGAUAGAAGAACUAAGACAGUAUCAAGAAUGAUUCCAUGUCUUGGCUCUUGAGGUUUCUAAUUUGAUUUGCACAUGGAAUGAAAUUUGUCUAGAGGUGCAGUAAGAAGAAAGAGGGGUUAUCAAGUUCCACAAGAAUGUUAUAAUGAUUUGUUUUGAGUAUUACUAAAGAUCAUGAUCUAUAAUUCUAUAAAAUAGAUUCUAUUUCUUAUUGUAACAGGAAAUGAUUUUAUAUCGUAAAAGGUUUUAUUCUCAUUAUGUAAUUAAAAAUAAAAUAUCAAAAUCGAGAGAGGGUAAGAAAAAGCCAAAAACACGUCUGAUUUUUUAUUGCUGUAAUAGCAUCUGUUUAUACAAACAAACAUCUUUUAAUGUUGCUAGUGAAAAAUUCAGAUCCACUCACAUUUACAUUAAAUUUUCGUAUCGAGUUCCAUGAAAAAAUACGAGUUUACACCGCUGAAAAAGUCAGUAAGGUAAACCACAUCCAAAUCUAUAUCUAGUUAAGUACACGGUAUUAAAUUGGCUGCUUAAAAA